CUACAGCACGUGCAUUGAACAGGCCUGCACCUCGAGGCUCAAGAUUCGCAGAUUUUCGUCAACGCUCGAGAAAACGCGGAAGUGUCAAAAUUUUGGAUCUGUUUUUUCCUGUCAAGCAGCAGAACUGUGGAGCAAACCCGUCACAUGAUUGCAGUGACAUGGAGACGCAUUUCCUGAUGGCCUGAGUUGGACCAAAGCAAAACCGUAAAGAGUUAUCCCGCUUUCAGUGUUAGAUUGUGCCAUGGAGGGAUUAGAAACCACAUCAGAGCUCCAGUCGCGGCUGUCAUCCCUCUCCUUCUCCUCGUUCCCCGGAAUAACAUCCAAACAGAGCGACACCAGACCUCUGGACAGGCUCCAGAAUACAGACCUUUCACAGAGCUGCACCCAAUCCAAAAACCAAGCUGACAUGGAUGAAAACAAGGAGGAUUCAGGUCAACAUUCUGAGGGUAAUGAAGAGGCCCCAGCAGAGCCGUCCCUGAGGGAAGGAGGCGAGGAGAACAACAGUGAAGGGAGCUGUCAGCUCUCCGAUGAGAUGAAAGCCCAGAUGCCGCCCCUGAAACCCCCAACAACAUGGACAUCUGCUGCUCUGAAGGAGCUGAAGGCAAAGCUUCGAACGGAAGACGACAGCGUGGUGACAGUGUACCGAGGCGACAUCAUGACAGUUCAUGUGCCCACUGUCCCUGAGGCCAAAAAAGUGUGCUGGGAGUUUGCCACAGAUGGUUAUGACAUUGGCUUUGGCAUAUAUUUUGACUCUAGUCCUGUCACGAGCCGGUCUAUCACUGUGCACAUCAGCGAGUCAAGUGAUGACGAAGAAGAAGAGGAGGAGCUGGAAGGGCCCGUCAGUAACGGAGAUGUUGAGAAGGGCUCCAAAACUCAAACCAACUCAAACUUGGCUGAAAUCUUACCUGUAUACCGCCAGGACAGUCACAUAUCUGUCCAGGGGGGGAGCCACGAUUUUCCAGGUGAAGGCACUUACCUCCUGAAGUUUGACAACUCCUACUCACUAUGGCGAAAUAAGACUCUUUACUACAGAGUCUAUUACAGUGCCUGAGAUGCAAGUUUAUGAAUGUAUCAUUUACACGCAAAUACUACUCUUAGGAACAAUUACUAUUUUUGAUUCCAUUCUUGGAUAAAGAUGAAGUUAUAUGAAAAAAUAUUAAAUAUAAGCAUUUCUAUUUUUUAAUCACUAUCAGCUUGUGUUGCCACAUGUUGAAUUUACGAUCAGAUAGUUUUGAAUGCAACAUUUGCUCCAAUGUCUUGCUAAAAGAUAUUUAAAGAAGCCUUGCAUAUCAUGUGCCAUGUUCCCCUGUAUGCACUGUGCUGUUUGUCAAGUGCCCGUCAUAAAAAAUGUCUUCAGCUGUAACAUUUCUAUGGUAGCAGAGAUCAGGGAACACCAGCACAGAAUUUAUUUCACCGGGCCAGGUGCUUAAUCAGCAGUGCUCUAAAGAAAUGGUUGUUUUGUGUGUGUGUGUGUGUGUGUGUGUGUGUGUGUGUGUGUGCGUGUGCGUGCAUAUACCGUCUAUGAUUAUGUUGCUUUGUUGUUGUUACGUGUAUUUAUCCUUCUGCUUUGUAUUGUAACUUAUUUUUUUAUGUGUUCAAUUUAAUCACGUGAUAAUGAAGAAUAUAACUAUAUAAUACCAAGUCUGUGCACAGAGCAGUCUACUGUCAUCGUGGUGUGUGGGUAAAAGAUAUAAGUUGAAUGUACUGAAGCAAGUGGUAAACGUUUUACAGAGUGUGCUUUUUAUGACACAAAUAAAAGCCAUCCCUUAUCACAUAAAGCUCUUAUUAUGUAAUAUAGAUUCAAUAUUUACAUUUGCCUCCGUCCUUUAAUUUGGUGUUUUGCCGGUAGGGAGCGGUUGUAAUAUUUCAUCUAAAUGUAUUUUGUGCACAGGUCUAUGUAAGUAAAGGUCAGUGUGUUUGUUUUUUGACAUACUUUGGAUUUGAUUGUGUUGCCUUGUUCCAUCCUGUUUGAUGUCCAAAUUGAUGCUUCUCCCACACACUCGUGCGCAUGUUCCCAAAGAUGUCACAGAUUUGGCUGCUAAUGGCGUAUACAAUGUAAAGCAACUGGUUUAAAGCUUCCCAUGUUUGCUGUACUGUACUUUUAACUGUACAUUCUGAUGACAUUUGUUCCUAAAUUUAUAUUCCACAAUAAAGACAAGAUUAUAGUUUU